AUGGCAAAUAACUCUUUAUCAGGAUCUGUUUCAUCACUUUUAUGCCAUCCAAUGAAUAAAAACAGCCAAUUGAGGUAUCUGGACCUGUCACAGAAUCUUUUGUCCGAGGAACUUCCAGAUUGCUUCACAAACUGGAAAUUUUUGGUUUAUGUGAAUUUAGGAAGCAACAACUUGAAGGGUAGCAUUCCUGAAUCUGUGGGCUCUUUAUCUAAUCUUCAAUCUUUGCAUUUGCCUAAAAACCAAUUCUCUGGUGAUUUACCUUUGUCUUUGCAAAAUUGUAGAAGCUUGAGACUUCUUGAUGUUGGGGAAAAUAACUUUUCAAGAUUUGUACCUAGUUGUAUGAACCAGAACAUAAGAGCUCUUAAACUGAGAUCCAAUCAAUUUACAGGCAAUAUUCCCUCAGAAAUAUGCCAACUUUCUUCUCUUAUGAUAUUGGAUCUUGCAAAUAACAAAUUUUCUGGAUCAAUACCAAGGUGUAUUCAUAAUAUCACCUCCAUGAUUUUCCCUAAUGCUUCAAUAGAGCACGAGUUUAACAUUGUCUCAAGUAAAUCAAAAUAUGUUAGUGAUUAUUCUGACACUCUCAUGCUUCUUAUGAAAGGUCAAGAGUUAAGCUACAGUAGCAACCUCGAGCUAGUGCAUAUGAUUGAUCUUUCAAGGAACAAUUUAUCUGGAGUUCUUCCUCCCGAAUUGUUUGCACUUACAAGCUUGCAAUCUUUAAAUUUAUCUCAAAAUCAUUUGGUAGGCAAGAUGCCAGAAGAGAUUAGAGACAUGAAGCUCUUGGAAUCAUUGGAUGUCUCAAAGAACAAACUUUCUGGUCCAAUUCCAGAGAGCCUAUCUAUCCUAUCUUUUCUCAGUCACUUGAACCUAUCGUUCAACAAUUUCACUAGCAAAAUCCCUACAGGGACCCAACUUCAGAGUUUUGAUGCACUAAGCUAUAUAGGUGAAAAAUUAGACAAGAAAGAGCAACAUGGAGAAGAAGAUGAUUUCGAAGAAUUCUUGUUUGGGUUUUAUGCCAGCAUGGGAGUUGGAUUUGCUGUAGGAUUCUGGGUAGUCUGUGCCACCAUUUUCUUCAACAGGAGAUGUAGACAUGGUUAUUUCAAGUUUGUUGACCAUGUGAAAGAUAAGCUUUAUGUCUUCAUUGUCUUGAAGAUGAAGUCCCUCCGUUGA